AUGUGGAGUGAAGAGACGCUCAACGAAACGCGUAGCCUUCUAGUGGGCGUAAAUCGCACCCAUCCGAUGAUCAGUUUUCUGACUAUGCUGGGUCCCAGCCCUGAUUGGUGCACGGGUGUCUCGAGCCAGUCAGUCUGUCAGGUCGACUGUACCUGGGUAGACCGACUCGACUUGGAUCUCUAUCCAUGGGAUGCAGGGGUUCAAACCGGGGACACUUAUCUGCCGAAAGAUGUUAUUCGAAAGGUGAGACAGGACCCAUAUUCAAUUUCUAUCCUCAUCUGGAUUAAAGGCCUUCAUCCUUAA